AUGACUCAGGAACGAAGAAGGUACGGCUUUGUUCUCGAGCGACAGUGCUCCUUGGCGAAACAUUAUGCGAGUUUUCACGAGGUCGCGUUGGCUGCUCUGCAUCCCUCGGUUGAUAAGUGGCGCGAAGUAGCUGCUACCAGGGAAUAUUUACCCCAAUCCGUGGAAGAUAUGUUCGCUUCCAGGCUUAGACAAGUCUCAUUUUGGCCGGAGGACGAGGAGAACGGCGGCUCGGAGCUGACCAUGAGCUCACAAUUGAGAAAGACCAGAAGCAUGGACAGCUCCUGCUUGGAACUUCGACCUGGACCGCCAUCCGGAAAUGUGCCAAGUGCCACUUAUCAAGGUCCAACUUCUCAUCUUUCAUCCGUGCUGUCUAGAGCAAGGUCAGAAGCCAAUCUGCACGCUUCGACAUUGUCACUGGAUCCAGUCGGAUCCCGACUGUUCGGUGUAAUGCUAACGCUACAGACGCUACGUGGUGACGGAGAAUGCGAAAACACGACACCACAGUCCUUUUUAUUUCAGCCAAAGCCAAUGGUCGAGUACGUUUCCAACGAGUCGACGUCGAGGCUCGAACACGUAACAAACGCGUGCAACACGAUCGGAUGGAGAAAGGUACCGGAAACUCCACCAAGGCCGCGGUCCAUGGCGCCUCCGGCAUCACGCAACAGCGGGAGCGGAGGGGGCGGCGGUAGCGGCACAGGGGUGAGCUCCGGUGGCUGGGGGGACGCACCCCUCGCGAGAGCUCUCUUUGCCUAUUUGAGCUCCGGGGAAAAUCAGCUGAGUUUCCUGGAGGGCGAUCUCAUCGCGUUGAUGGGAGAUCGUCAGAAAGGCUGGCAAUUUGGGGAGAAUCUGCGCACACAGAGCUCCGGAUGGUUCCCACUGGCAUACACAGAAAUUAUUAUCGACGAUAGUCUAGGAUCGCCGAAUCACGGGACAAACAAUGGUCGCGUGUCGGAGCCACAAGCUGUUCCACCGUGCAAGCCUCCACCCUCGCGGCCGCCAGUGACACCGAGCAUCGAUGAAGUGUCGAGUGGAUUCCAUGGGAUAGGAAGCAACAACGUCAACAACAGUAACAACAAUAACACCGGCACUCCUACUAAUGUACCGAAUAGCAACAGUUCUCACAAUUUAGCGACGCCUACUGCACGUCAAACAAAACCGAUCCGUCCAUCGGGCACUUUGCCCACUGUUUUGGCUGGCGGCCGUAGAAUACAGCCACCUGCUCCGCCGGUCCCACCCCCUCAAGUCGUCACGUCUCUUCACAGCAGCAACGACAGUGGUUUCUCAAACGAGCCACCGGCUCAGCCCGACAUCGACUACAGCGACGACGAGGCCAUGAGACAGCGACGAAGAAAGCCGCGCGCCGACAGAAUAACCGAGACGGCGAAGCAACACCAGAAGGAGGACAAGUCCGGCGGCAAGGACUGGGAAAACGACUCGUGGAAGACGAUACCCAGGGACGAGAAGAGCUGGCACCUUUACAGAACCGCGAUGGACAUUUGGGCGGAGACGAACGCGAGUCAGGGGAACGAGAACGGCGAGUCCCGGUACCAGAGUCGUCGUUACGACACGCAGGAGCGCAAGAACGGACGGGGAGGGGGCGACUUCUCCGAGCGUGGCACGAUGGAGAACGGGCCGUCGGGGAGGAAAUCGGCGAAGAAAACGCAGGAGAGGUCGCAGAAAAACGAGUACGAUAACCGUGGUCGCGGCAACAACUCUGGUCAGAAGAACAAGGCAACGAGCAACGAAGAACAGUCCGCGAGAAAGUCGACGAGGAGGAGCAACGAGUCGGUGGAGCAAGCUCGUCGAGAAUCGUCGAAGAGAACAACGAAGGAGCAGCAGGAAGAGACGGAGGAGGACGAGAUCGAGCUGGAGGAGGAGGAGGAAGAGGAGGAUGAAGAGGAGGAUACGUACAGUCGCAGGAUCGAUUAUCAGAAGUACGAGGGGAAGAAGUAUUACGGAGACAGAGCAGACGGUCAGGACCGCAACACUCGCGGUCGCGGUUAUCGCGCCAUCGCUCAGGAAGAGUCAAAGUACGAGAACGAAAAGACGUCGACGGCCACGUCCUCGGGCACCGACGACGAGAGCACCAUCACUAUACCGGAGACUGGCAGAAAGGUGGAGCACAUCGCGCAGAAACUGGAACAAACCGCGCAGAAGUACGCUCGGGAACACAGCCCUCCAAAGAACCGCGGUGCCCAGAGAUUCGAGCGAGAGAGGGAACGAUACUUGGAGAAGUCGCCCACCACCACCACCACCAUCAUCACUAACACCACCACUACUAACACCACCGCCGUCGCCCACCAGAAGAUCACUGCCUCCACUUACGAAAGGGAGAGGGCUUUCGAGAAGAAUCCCGAUAGAAAUAGAAACAUCGAGCGCGCGUCGAGCCGUCGCUUCGAGAGGCCGAGGCCGCCGUCCGAGGAAGCUCCUCAGAGACCGACCGACCCUCGUAACCUCUACCGAGAGCGCAGGUACUCCGACAAGGAGGAGGCCAUCUACGGCGAGACCAGAUACGUCCGGGAGAGCGGAUCCUCCAUAGACAAGGAGCGCGGCUACGAGUCCAAUUUCGAGACGAAGCUGGAAAGGACCAAGGUGAUCGAGAGGCACGGUUAUCAGAAUCUCGGCCAGAGUAAUCUGCACAAGUUCCAGCGGAACGGGCCGCAACACGCGGAGAAGAACGACACGAACAACAACACGUUGAAGGGCGACAACCGGAAGCCGCUGCUUCCACGACAGACGACCGCCGUUGCCCACUUGAUACAGACAGGCAGGGCUUUCGACGUCCAAGAGUCCAAGAGCCCGAAGCUCGUCAAGAGAACGAAAUCCUUCUGGAGGUUCAGGAGAGACUCCGACGUGCUGGAGGGGAUGGCUCUCUGGCAGCACAGAUCCCUGGUCGACAUACCGAAGAUGAUUAAGAAGGAAGCAAAGGACGAGGCGAACGCGGACGACGCCAGCAAGAAGCAAACUCCGGAGGGCAGUCCCGGUUCUCGGCAAAGUUUGGAGAAAAGGAACAGCGACGUGACCAUCACCAACGAGUCUCACCACGAGGAGCCGAAACCCGCGGAGAGGAUCCACGUGCCCGAGAAAUCCGAUUACUUCGAGGAUUUUCCCACGCCGGCGGAAAGGCCGAAGACCGUCGAGCGAUCUGAAUACCGGAUGCAUCAGGAGGAGAGGUCCUACUUCAUGGGGAAUGUCUCGCGAAAAGCGAUCAUCGAGAAAGAGAGGAAACGCAGCCUGGAGGCUAAGCGUAACAUGAUCGUGGCCGAACUGAAGGAGAACAACGAGGCCAAGAGGCACGAGAGGAGGAAGAAGUACACGGACGACGAGGACGGCUUGACCCAGAACUUUAGCGAGACGGAGGCGUCCGACGAGGAAUCCACGUACAGCUGCAUCGUGGUGAAGGAUCAAACAGUGGCUGAGAAGACUCUUCUUCCCAGAACUAAACUCCGCAGGGAUUCCGAUCGGGAAAGGGACAAAAAUACUUGCGGACCGUGGUACGAUCUUUGGGGAGUGGACGCCUCCGUCAACAAGAAAAAGAAGAAGAAACAGCAAUAA